AUGCAUAGGUCCAUAGGGCUCGCGGUCGUGGCGGAGCCCUAUCGCGUUCCCGACCAUCCUCGCUGGUUUGGGGACGCCACCGGCACCGUGGCCGCCCAUUGGGCGGGCGGUGAGGGGGUCCCAACCUGUUCUCUGCUCGAAGCGGGGCAGGGGUUCGUGGCCGUUCGGUGGGGCCCCUUGGCCAUUGUGGGGUGCUACGUCUCUCCCAACAGGUCUCUCGCCGACUACGAGUUGUACCUGGACGGGCUGGGGGACUGCGUUCGCAGAUGCCUACCCCGUCCGCUGAUCGUCCUAGGGGACUUAAAUUCCCACGCCAGGGUUUGGGGUAACUCUAGAGACGAUCCGAAGGGAGUGACGCUUCUCGACUGGGCGGCUGGUUUGGAUCUCCGGCUCGUAAACGUUGGGUCGGAGAGCACAUGUGUGCUGUGGCAGGGUGAGUCGCCACCUCCUCCGGCGUCGUGGCGUUGUCCAGGCCGAGCACCCGUAGCUCGCCCAUUUUCAUUGGGCGAGCCACCUUAA